CAGAUAUGGCGUUUCCUGGUUCUUUUCGUCAUCGUUGUCAACAGAAAAAGACUCGAGAUGGCCACCACAUCGCCUCAUCUUAACUGGUUGAUCAUCCGCAACAACAACUCCUUCCUCUUGAAGAAGCGUGAUGUGAAGAAACCUUUCAGCACUGAGGCCAACAAUUUGACCAAUGUGAGCUCUUUCCGCUACAGCGGUUUGGUACACAAGAAAACCGUUGGUGUUGUACCGGCUGCCGACAAGAAGGGAUUCUCGGUCGUUUUGAAGAAGGGCAAAUAUGCUCAACGCCCCGCUAAGAACACAGUCCGUGUUUCGUUCAAGUCAGGUCCCAGACGAUCAUUGAAGAAACUGAGGAACCUUCUGACCGGUGCCAAAUACCGCAAGGACUUGACACAGGCUGCACUCCGCCGUGCGUCUGCCGUGCUUGCAUCGCAAAAGGCUGCCCCAGCUAAAAAUGUAAAAAAACCUGAAUAAAUAUAAAAUAAAAUCAAUUUUGUGAAUUGAGUUUGUAUUUAUAAAUGUUGAAUAAAACAUAAAUAAUUUGUAACUUUGUAAUUCACUACACAAAAUAUGAUUCGAAAAGUCCCGUUCUCAUGAUAGACAAGUGGGGAGUAUUUUAAUUGUUAUAAAAAAAUAAA